AUGGACAGCACCGGCACGCCGUGGAGCUCCCAGGUGGCGCCCACCAUCUUCCCCCGCGUGGGCUACAGCAUCAUCUCCUUCCUCAUGUUCAUCACCACCGUCCUGACGGUGUUCAACAACGGCCUGGUGAAUCACCCCUGGGAUGAACACGUUCAUGGGGUAGCAGCAGAGACGGGUUUCUUCAGGCAGACGGUGAUCACCAGGCCGUUGUUGAACACCGUCAGGACGGUGGUGAUGAACAUGAGGAAGGAGAUGAUGCUUGGCGUUUCCCUUCUGCUCGGUCUGGUGUCGCUGUGCACGCUGACCCUGCUGGCGUACGAGCGCUACAACGCCGUGUGCAAGCCCGACGCCAGCCUCAAGCUGGGGAUGAGGAGGAGCAUCAAGGGCCUCCUCUUCGUCUGGGCCUUCUGCCUGUUCUGGGCCGUGGGGCCCCUGCUGGGAUGGAGCGGCUACGGCCCCGAGGGGGUGCAGACGUCCUGCUCCCUGUCCUGGGAGGAGAGGUCCUGGAGCAACUACAGCUACCUCACCCUCUACACGCUCAUGUGCUUCCUGUUCCCGGUGGCCGUCAUCAUCUACUGCUACUCCAGAGUGCUGGCGUCCAUGAGAAAGCUGAACAGGAGCGUGGAGCUCCAGUCGGGGCGUUCCUUGCAGAAGGAGAACGACCACGCCACCAGCAUGGUCCUGACUAUGGUGGUGGCCUUCUUCAUGUGCUGGCUGCCUUACACCGCCUUGUCGGUGGUGGUGGUGGUCAAUCCUCAGCUCCACAUCCCUCCGCUGGUGGCGACCAUGCCCAUGUACUUUGCCAAGACCAGCCCCGUGUACAACCCCAUCAUCUACUUCCUGUCCAACAAGCAGUUCCGGGACGGCGCUCUGGAGAUGCUGUCCUGCGGCCGCUACAUCCCCCACGGCUCCUCCACCCGGGUGAGCAUCAACAUGAGGCCCCUGAGCCGGAGGAGACGGCUGAUCCCCUGCAGCAGAAUCAACAGGCACAGCAAGGUGUUGCCUCUGUAA